CCUCCUCCUUCGCCUCCUCCUCCCGCCUCAGGUUUGUCAUCGUGUCGCCUGCCCGGCCCGGAGGAGGAGGAGGAAGAGGAGGAGGGAUGAGGAAGCCGCUGCUGCCUUUGCAUCUGUGACGGGGGCCUGGAGAGCCCGGACUUGGGACGACCCCUUUCCUACUGCUCGCCCAGGAGAAGGGCCAGGAGGAGGCGGAGGACGGUGGUGCUGUGUGUGAGAGAGCGUGGAGAUGAGCUCAACCCUGUGCCCUGGAGCCGCCUGAGGAGACCCGGCUCCCUCCCAGCCUCCCUCGCCGCCGCCGCCAUGGCUCACUCCCCCGUGCAGGCGGGGCUGCCGGGGAUGCAGACUCUGAAGGCAGAUCCAGAAGAACUGUUUACGAAACUGGAGAGAAUUGGUAAGGGGUCUUUUGGUGAAGUUUUUAAAGGAAUUGACAAUCGGACUCAGAAAGUUGUUGCUAUAAAAAUUAUUGACCUAGAAGAAGCAGAAGAUGAAAUAGAAGACAUCCAACAAGAAAUCACAGUGUUGAGUCAGUGUGACAGUCCUUAUGUAACUAAAUAUUAUGGAUCCUAUUUAAAGGAUACAAAAUUAUGGAUAAUAAUGGAAUAUCUCGGUGGAGGCUCUGCCCUUGAUCUAUUAGAACCUGGCUCACUUGAUGAAACUCAAAUUGCUACAAUAUUGAGGGAGAUACUCAAAGGACUCGAUUACUUGCAUUCGGAAAAGAAAAUCCACAGAGAUAUUAAAGCUGCUAAUGUAUUGCUGUCUGAACAAGGGGAAGUAAAACUGGCAGAUUUUGGAGUAGCUGGACAGCUAACAGACACACAGAUAAAAAGGAAUACCUUUGUGGGAACACCAUUUUGGAUGGCACCUGAAGUAAUAAAGCAAUCAGCAUAUGAUUCAAAGGCAGAUAUCUGGUCAUUAGGCAUAACAGCCAUAGAACUUGCAAAAGGAGAGCCACCUCAUUCAGAAUUACAUCCAAUGAAAGUUUUGUUCCUCAUCCCUAAGAACAAUCCACCAACACUGGAAGGAAAUUUCAGUAAAUCCCUCAAAGAAUUUGUUGAGGCCUGCUUGAACAAGGAUCCAAGCUUUAGACCUACUGCAAAAGAGCUUUUAAAACACAAAUUCAUUUUACGGAACUCCAAGAAAACAUCUUACUUGGCUGACCUCAUUGACAGGCACAAGAGAUGGAAGUCUGAACAAAGUCAUGACGACUCUAGUUCUGAUGACUCAGACACUGAAGCAGAUGGUCAGGCUUCAGGUGGGAGUGAUUCAGAAGAGUGGAUCUUUACAAUAAGAGAAAAAGACCCCAAGAAUCUAGAGAAUGGAGCAGCCCAGCCUUUGGAGUUGCAAAGAAAUAAGGAAAAGGAUAUCCCAAAGAGGCCUCUAUCCCAAUGCCUGUCUACAAUUAUAUCUCCUUUAUUUGCAGAGUUGAAAGAGAAGAGUGAGGUGUGUGGUGGCAACACAGAUUCCAUAGAAGAACUGAGGAAGGCAGUUUAUUUAGCUGAAGAGGCUUGUCCAGGCAUUGCAGAUACCAUGGUGUCACACCUUGUGCACAGGCUUCAGAGAUAUUCCCUAGCUGGAGGAAGUUCUUCAUCCUACUGACAUACUCUUCCUUCUGGGCUUUCCUAAGACAGCAGAGAUCCCAUGGUGUCUGCGUUGAAGGUGUACACCCUAAUGAUGUUCUGCCUCUCAGUCUCUGUGAAGUCCUUGGGAGGAAGGACAUUCCCAAGAGUGAAAAUGAAAUCUCUUGGAUGGAGGCAGUAUUUUUCAGAUCCUUAAAGCUCUAAUUUUUUUAGAUGAUAAUGCACAUAUUCCAGGGAGGUGUCCUUUUGUAAAAUCUGAGAUGUAUAUUUAGGUUUGUGAUAGAGAAAUUGAAGAUAUUGAGAAACCUCAGGUAUCUUGCUUUAAGAAUUCCACUGGGAGAUGGAGCAUGAUUGUUGGAAUUGUGUACAGAUAUAUAUAUAUAAUGUCUUUUUUAACAGAAAGCCUUUCAAUGUGCAUAAGGAAUCACUGUGUACAAAAUGGUAAAGUGCUUUUGUAGAUAAUGUUAGUGGGGUAAACAUUUGACAGGCCAUAACUGAGUAUUGCCUUGCCUUUAUUACAUGUAAAGUUUGAAUUAUGUGAUAAGUGAAUCUCAGUUAGAUUUUUGUAUGUGAAGUAUUUGCCAUUGAAAGAGAUAAUCCUGUAUUAUAGAACUUUCUCUUUGUACCUCAGCACAGACACAAUUUUAUUCUGUUUCUCCAGUUUUUCUUUGUUUUUACUUAUAUUCUGAGCGUGACUUUCUAUGUAUGGUACUACUUCUAGUUACUUUAAAUUUCAUACACCUGGUCUCUCAAAGCUUUUAAUUUAAAUUAUUGUUUUUCUUAGAGAAUGAGUUCUUUCAUAUCUUCUGUUUCAAAUUGUGCCAACGCAAAUUCUGAAAUAGUUCAAUUUUAGUAACAGAUAUUUGUGAAGCUUGUGAAAUUCAGACACAGUCUUUUUUUCACCUAAACAUAUUUAAAUGCUCACACAAAUAUUUAUUUACUUCAUUUAUUCUGCAAUAUCUCCUUAAGAUGUAGAUUCAGAGACAGUGGCAAGUAUUUCUUUAUCAUCCCUAUUUUUAUCAUUAAAACAAAUGUCUUUCAGCAUAAAGAAAAAUCCAUAGAUUCAAUAUUUGGUCUUGCUGCCUCGAUCCAUGCAUCUCUUUACCAAAACUGACAGGUGUUGGACAGAGAGACUGCAAAACAGCCCAAGUGCUGUGUAUUGGGUCUGGUUGGUUGCCUCUCCAGAGAAAAGCUAUUUCUUAAAAUUCUGAAUUUUGUAAUUUCCACUGUUCCUGUGAGGGCUCCUAGAUAGCUGACUUCAGGUGUUCUAGAUCUUGCAAAUAGCAACACUAGUUCAUUAGUUGUAUGCACAGUUGAUUAAGUAGCUGCUAUUCCCCCCCCAUCCCCAACAGUAUUACUCUGAGGUUUACUUUGGUUGGUUUCACCAAGACUAUAUUCAGGUACUUCGUAUUCCAGUAGCUAAGAGAGCAUUUUUGCCUUCUUUUAAUGAAGAAGUUGAUGACUUUAUGCUUUGCACGACACUGAGGUAACAUAUAUUUACUUUUUAAAAAAAUAUAGAUGGGAGCUUUGGAAGAGAAAGGAUUAACAUUUAAAAGUACAGGCAUAUCUGCCUGGCUUGGUACAAGAAACCCAGGUACACUAACCAUUGUGGAAGCUGGUGAGGUCUCCUUCCAGGACUUCUAUCACCAUGGUAGCCCUUAGUCUAUGCAUAUUAAUAGCCUUAAUUUAUUAAUUUAAGAAUUUAACAGUAAGAGGACACUGUCUUGCUAACAGAACUAAUAAACUUCUGCCCAGGUUGAAACAACAGUUGGAAGAAAUGUGCGUGUGUGUUCAUCUUGUGGCCAUGCUUUCAGGCACUACUCAUUAGCCAGCCUAAUGAGUUAAUGGGUUUCCUUUAUGGCUAAGGGAAUUUAAAGUAAAUUGAACAAUGCUAAAGUUUGAACAAUGUUUUACAACUCCACUUUGAUUAAUAUCUUUAAUUAUGUUGUUUAGUGUGCUCUUAAGUGUUAUGGAUAGGCUCGCUCUUGAGGAAACAAAUUUAGCACUGCUUUUGUGAAAUGUGCAUCAGAAUGUAGUGCAAUGGGAAAUUUACCUGUUGAUGUCUCAAUAUGAGAACAUUCAGCCUUCAACAGAUCUGUGUGCUAUGACUGCAUAAGGAAAUCAACAGGUGUGUUUGCACUGGAAAUAUAAAUUGAUCAGUGUAAGCUGUUCUCUAGUCAUCUAUUAACGUAAGGACUGGAAAUUAAAGUGAGCUUACUUGGAGAUGCACAGAACCCUGAGACAUAGUGGGGAAGUUAAAUUUAUGCUGCUGGCUUGAAUGUUAAGAAAUUCUCAACCAGCAAGUUAAAUUCUAAGCUACAAUCUUUGAACACUCAUUUGAAAAGUUAUAUAUGUGUUUUGAGUUGCAUUUUAAUUGUGUUCCAGGACUGUAUGCUGAGGAAGUACUUCUCUGAGUAGAUGGUGGCAGAAUUUGCUUGAUGAAUGUGUCAGAGCUUAAGAUAAGUAAGAUGGUAUGGGCAGGUGGCCAAAAGGCUUGGGCAUUUAGGAGACAAGACCUCAUUUAUGGUAGAGAUGUGUAUUUUUAUAUGUAAUAUACAGAUUAUUUAAAUAUAGACUAUCUUAAACUGAGAUUCACUGACAAAAUAAAGCGUGCUGUGUCUUGAAUGUAGAAGUACAAUCAUUUGCUAUUGAAAAGUAUUGAUGCUUUAAAAUCAGGUCUAUAUUGGUAACAGAAGAGGAGCUUCAUUUGAAAGAAGCACCACCUCAGUUUCUCAGAGAAAAAGAAGUGUGUUGAUAUUUUUGACAGGUUUUUUCAUGCUUAAGACAUGUCUAUGUUACGAUGUUGCACUGAUAAUUUUUCUGUGCAGGUAGUACCUUCACUCAGUCUUGACUAUACUAAAUGACGAGCUAUCUCUAUUUAUGCAAACCUUUAAAUUAAUAGAACUGCUUAUUUGUCAGGGAUUUCAUGAUUAGGCAGUAAAUAAACUCACUGUUUAAAAACAAUAAAAUCAGUUAUUUGAACUGAAGGCUUGCUUUUUUGUAACUCUCAAAUCUAUUUUUUUACCUUAAUUUUCUUUGCAGUUGUACUUUGUAGUUGCUGACCAGAUCACUGAAGGAUGAGGUGCUAGUGCUGCACAGAAUGCUUUUGGUGUAGUAACAAAGCAGUAACUUCACUGUGCAGUGCCACAGUUCCUUUGCAGCUCCAUUGUGUGUGAGCUUGUGGGAGCAGAAGAUAGGGCAUUCCACAAAAAUCAGUUUAACUGGGGUGUUCUGCCCCUGCUGUGCAAGAGGGGUGGGUGGAGUGGGAAGGUGAGGCUGGGUGUGUUGGUACCUCACUGCAAAGUAGCUGGUUCAGCGUGAAUUCCUAUCCCCCUGUACCCUAGCACCCCUCAUCAUCUGCCUCCUAAUGUGCUUUUAAUGUACUUGGGCAGUGUCUUCUUUAGCUCUCACUACUUAAUGUGACAUUCUCUAUUACUUUUUAAACUACGUGGUACCAGUAGUUUUACAGUAACCUUUC